AUGCCUUAUUGGUAUUACGACAAAAAGGAUUUGCAAAACACGCCGUCAUUUCGCGAUGGAAUCAGCAACGAGACUGAAAAUCGCUACCGUAAAGAAGGCGCAAGGUUUAUUAUUGACACGGGAUCAAAGAUGGAUUUAGGUUAUAACACAGUAGCAACGGGAGUUGUUUACUUCCAUCGUUUUUAUAUGUUUCAUUCAUUCAAAACAUUCCCAAGGUAUAUCACUGCAUGCUGCUGCCUAUUUUUGGCUGGAAAAGUAGAAGAGACUCCAAAAAAGUGCAAAGAUAUAAUUAAAGUUGCUAAGCCUUUGCUCACAGAUCAGAAAUUUAGCACUUUUGGAGAGGAUCCCAAAGAAGAGGUGAUGACAUUAGAAAGGAUUUUGUUGCAGACAAUAAAGUUCGACUUGCAGGUUGAACAUCCUUAUGGAUAUCUAUUGAAAUAUGCCAAGUGUCUGAAAGGAGACAGAGCCAAGUUGCAGAAGAUGGUACAGAUGGCGUGGACGUUUGUGAAUGACAGUCUAUGCACAACCCUAUGCCUGCAGUGGGAGCCAGAAGUAAUAGCUGUUGCGCUCAUGUUCCUUGCUGGUAAGCUAAGCAAGUUUGAAGUUGUAGACUGGAAUGGUCGCACACCCAAACAUAAUGCAUGGUGGGAUAUGUUUGUUGAGGAUAUAACUAUGGACUUACUGGAGGACAUUUGUCAUCAGGUACUUGAUCUGUAUUCCCCGCAAACGCAACAAUCUGGCGGCGAUUCACCUCCAGAAACAUCAACGUCUAAGCCGCCAAAAAACGAGAAGAAGCCGCCCUCCAUUACACCGCCCGCUUCCGUAUCACCUGUCGCCGCUGUCGCGACUAAGCCGGUGGUCACGCCCGUGAAGAAUGGAGGGGAAACAAAAACGGAGCCCCCCAAAAAUGGAGGCGUUGAGAUUCAGCUAUCCAAGUUACCCGGGGAUGCCGUAUGCGCCGGUUUACAGCGCACCACCUCCUGGGGUCGUGCCGCAUACAGUUGCAGCCCACGUUCCACCGCAUAG